AUGACUAAUGAUAAGAUCGUUGCCCAAAUGUCAAAGACUGAAGUCAAGCAUGGCAUUAGUACUUCGACGAAUAACAUUAAUGAGAUGUUGUCUUCCUUAAGUAUUAGAGGCAGAGGUGCAUCUCGUUCGUCCUGUUAUGCAAAUAGAGGUACCACUGUCGCUAAUACCAUUAGAUUAUUGCCGAAAAAGCGUUACACAAAUCGGGGAAAAAUCGACUAUGGGUUAUCGGAUGACAAAACAAGUCUUUACCGUCGUAAUGCAGUUGCUAAAGAAUUGUGUUCGUCACACUCAGGCGGCCGUAGUAUACAAUCUGAAAACAUAAUCAAGCAGCUGUGCUUGCAAAGGAACGACGAUACCAUAAAGAAACAGCAAUCGUAUGGUAGGACAAAUGAAAAUGAAAAUUCCAAAUUGCCAGCAUUAGCCUCGGACGAUCUUAAAGUUUUUUCAACAAAUUUAUACAUUGCCACUGUUCAAAAUCAAUUGUGCAGUCUCGCUAAAACGCCUAUCUUGCACUAUCAACAGCGGGCUAAUUACACAAAAGAUUGCGACACUGAUCAGUUAGAUGAUCUUGGUGUCGCGCCACGUGAUCGUAUGGGGCUAUGGGGUACUGCUGGUGACGAUAUACCCGGUAAAAUAUGCGGCAUAGAACGUUUAAGAAACAAAAGAUACAAUAAGGGCUUGGGCUUCGAUUUCACUGAACGUCAGCUAUUGGGCAUACACGGUCUGUUGCCGUGUGUUUACGAAGGCGAUGAAAAACAAAUCAAGCGAUGCAUUACUUUAUUGGACAGCUUCGAUAAGCCUUUGCAUAAGUUUAUGUACUUAUAUAAUCUGUCUGAAAAUAAUGAACGCCUCUUUUAUAAAGUAUUUGCAUCCGAUAUACCGAAAAUGUUGCCUCUGGUCUAUACGCCCCUUGUGGGUUUGGCUUGUCAGAAAUUCAGUUUGAUUUAUACGCAUCACAAAGGCUUGUUUAUAUCGAUUAAAGACAAAGGUCAUAUCUAUGACGUAUUGAAGAAUUAUUCUGAAAAUAACAUCAGGGCUAUCGUAGUUACGGAUGGAGAACGUAUUCUCGGUUUGGGUGAUUUGGGUGCUAAUGGCAUGGGUAUACCGAUAGGAAAAUUGUGUUUGUACGUGGGUUUGGGCGGUUUUAAGCCGGAACACUGCUUGCCAAUAACACUUGAUGUAGGAACGAACAACGAAAGCCUUCUUAAAGAUCCUCUCUAUAUUGGUUUGCGGCAGAAGCGGGCAAAAUGCGAAGAUUUCGAAGAAUUUCUAGAAGAAUUCAUGCAAGCCGUUGUCCGCCGUUAUGGACAGAAUUGCUUGAUACAAUUUGAGGAUUUUGGCAAUACCAAUGCCUUUGGCUUGUUAAACAAAUAUCGUGAUCAUUAUUGCACUUUCAAUGAUGACAUACAAGGGACAGGUUGCGCGGGCAUAGCCGGCUUAUUGGCAUCAAAACGAAUAAAAGGCGAUAAAUUGUCAGGUAAAAAAUUUCUCUUCUACGGGGCGGGAGAAGCAUGCUUAGGCGUCGCGAAUCUCCUUGUAAAAGUUUUGACCGAGGAAGGUCUAAGUGAAGACGAGGCAAAGAAAUUCAUCUGGCUGUUUGACAGCAAAGGCCUUAUUGUUAAGGAUCGGCCAAGCGGUGGUUUAACGGAACAUAAAGAAAUUUUCGCCCACGAUCAUGGUCCUAUCGAUAAGCUAUUAGAUGCUGUUAAAACUAUAAAACCUGCAGUGCUUAUUGGUGGUGCUGCUAUACCGGGUGCUUUUACCGACGAAAUUCUGUCCUUAAUGGGUGAAUAUAAUGAAACGCCGAUUAUAUUUGCUUUAUCGAAUCCUACGCAAAAAGCCGAAUGUACAGCCGAGCAGGCUUACGCUGCCACCAAAGGCAAAUGUCUAUUUGCCUCCGGUUCACCAUUUCCGCCGGUCGAAUAUAACGGCCAAACCUAUCACACCGGCCAAUGUAAUAAUUCCUAUUGUUUCCCUGGCAUCGCAUUAGGGGUUGUAUGCAGUGGCAUGUUAACAAUACCAGAUGAUAUAUUUUACAUAGCCGCUCAAAAAUUAGCCGAUCUUUGCGAUUUGGAGAAAGAUUUAAAAGUGGGUAGAUUGUAUCCGCCGUUAGAUAAAAUUACCACCACAUCUUUAGAAAUAGCUACGCAAAUUAUGGCAUACGCUUUCGAUAAUUGCUUGGCUACUCUUCAUCCUGAACCGGAAAAUAAACGCGAAUUCAUCAUGAAUCAGAUGUAUAACUUAGAUUAUCCUCCAGCGGUACCAAAAACUUAUAAUAUUACCAAAAAGUCAGCCAAAUAUAAAUAA